CUAGAUAUGGUAGAAUUGUCACAUCAGGUGGUACAGGUAUUAAGAGCAAUAAAAAAGGAAUUGAUGAAAGAAAAGGGGCCAAAGUGGCUUAGAGAUCUACUUUCAAUUUUAGCUUUAAGAAAAUAUAUUGAGAAUCUACUCACGAAUAUAAGUAAACUGAUGUAUAGAAGAGACAUAGCAUUAGUAGCCUUAGG